UCACAUUUUGUUCUCUAAAAGUUGUCCUUAUAAAGUUUGAUUUUUCUUUAAUGGUCCUUAAUUUGCAAUUUGCAACCAUAAAAGCUUCACUAGUCAUGGCCAUUAAAAUAUUUGUUUUUGAAUCUAUAAAUAAUGGAUUUUGAUAUGCCUAAUCUCACUCACAACAACUUUAAAAUGAAGUCUUUUGAUCUCACAUUGACAGUUUUGUGGUGUGUUGUGGUUGUGCUAGGAGGGUUACCCUUCUCCUCGGAUGCACAACUUGACCCAUCCUUUUAUAGAAAUACUUGUCCUAAUGUCCAUUCCAUUGUUCGUGAAGUCAUAAGGAACGUUUCUAAGACAGAUCCUCGUAUGCUUGCUAGUCUCGUUAGACUUCACUUUCAUGAUUGUUUUGUUCAAGGUUGUGAUGCGUCAGUUUUGCUAAAUAAUAGUGGUACGAUCGUGAGUGAACAACAAGCAUUUCCAAAUAACAAUUCCUUAAGAGGUUUGGAUGUUGUGAACAAAAUAAAAACAGCGGUAGAAAAUGUUUGUCCUAAUACAGUUUCUUGUGCUGAUAUUCUGGCCCUUGCUGCACAAAUAUCCUCUAUCUUGGCUGAUGGUCCUAAUUGGAAAGUUCCAUUAGGAAGAAGGGAUGGUUUAACAGCCAACCAAUCUCUUGCUAAUAUAAAUCUUCCAGCUCCUUUCCACUCUUUGGAUCAACUUAAAUCUGCUUUUGCUGCUCAAGGCCUCAACACUACUGAUCUAGUUGCUUUAUCAGGUGCUCAUACAUUUGGAAGAUCUCAUUGCUCUUUAUUUGUUAAUCGGUUGUACAAUUUUAGCAAUACUGGAAAUCCUGAUCCAACUCUUAACACAACUUAUUUACAAGAAUUGCGUAAACUAUGUCCCAAUAGUGGACCAGGGACUAACCUCGCCAAUUUUGAUCCAACCACUCCUGAUACAUUCGACAAAAACUACUACUCCAAUCUAAAGGUUAAAAAGGGUUUACUUCAGAGUGAUCAAGAGCUUUUUUCAACAUCUGGUGCAGAUACUAUUAGUAUUGUCAACAAGUUUAGUACUGACCAAGAUGCUUUCUUUGAAAGCUUUAAAGCUGCAAUGAUUAAAAUGAGUAGUAUUGGUGUCAUAACAGGAAACAAGGGAGAAAUUAGAAAACAUUGUAAUUUUGUUAACAAAAAAUCUGUAGAACAAGACAUAGUAAGUGUGGCUUCCACAUAUUCAUCAGAGGAGGGUAUGGUUAGCUCAAUGUAAAUGUAUUAGGGUCACUACUCUUGAAAUGUAGUGAUUGGAGGUCCUAAUAAAGAAGCUAUAACUAGGCACACAUUCAUGGUAUGUGUCAGAUAGUUAUUGGUAUAAGUCUUUGUGGGUGAAAAUUUUCUUGUAUUUGAAAUCUUUCUUUGAGUUGUGUUCAUAAUUAAUUUUCUCUUUCUUGUUAUGGAUUUGCUUUGGCAUAAA